CAUACAAUCAGUGCUAUAGACUCAGUACAGUUGACUGAAAGUUCCGUAGAAGUUGAACAUUUGGCUUUUUAAUUCAAACUAUCAGAAGUUUCGAAAGAAGAAAAUUAGAGACACACCGGCUUGCAAAUAGUUGAUAUCAACCUGCGCGGCGUAUCGCGUCGGCAAUAAUUUUGUUUUAUUACUCAGUGUGACUACCGCAUUCACGUACUUGGCCAUAUCUCAACCACAACAUAACAUAGCUAAAUAUUCCCGAAUAAUUUCUUCUAUCUUUGUAUGUACUUGAGUUGGUAUACACACCGUACUCCAAAUGCAUACGGACAUAUACAUGAAGCCUGUUUACAUUUCUAGAACGUUUUCUGCAUAAUUUUCGUGCAAAAAUUACAUCGCCUUGAGGCGUAGCAUAGCAUCGCAAUUAAAUUUGAAAAUUGUUACAAAUUUAGAAUAUGAGAAGACACCUGCAGUAUCAUUAGAGUUUUGAAAGCUGCAGCAUAUUUUCCCUCUCUCAGCUUCGAAAGUCAAUCCAAAAAUACGAGUAUCUCAUCUCGCGCAACUUCCGCUCAUCAGUGUUAGCAGUAAAUGCGAGCAAGUAAGAAAUAACCCAAAGGGGAUAGAGAACAAGUAUAAGAGAGACCAGGAGUAGUAGUAGAUCGAAAGAGUUAUUUUGCAGAGAUUGCGUGUCUCUUUCUUUCUCAUUCCUCCUUUGUUUCUCAUAGUUGUCAUAGUCAGUAUCGUCGAGCGUGCGCUUCCUCACUUGACUGUGCCUACGCCGACGCCGCCGCAAACGACAACCGUUGCUCGGAGUCGGCGUAGUCUGGGAGCUAGUGUCUCCCGAUCGGGAACGUGAAUAUACACUAGAGGUAUAACAAAAGACGAAGAGACAUUGAGACUUGAACGGAAGAGGGAGCAAGAGCAAACUAACAGGGUCGGAGGGAAAAAGAGAAUAGUGCAGCAGAUCAGCCGCACACUAGAGGAAAUCCACGACUAUCAAGAGGAAGACGGAAUAGUUGAGUGAGGAGUGUGGCCAGCGUUAGAUAGGAUGCGUGAAUCUGGGCGCGGUGUCUCACCACCCUACAUUAAUAAAAGCAUCCACAACAACAAUAACCACAACAAUAGCAACAUCAACAACAAUAUUGUUACCAAACAGUACAGUCAUCAUUCUUAUAUCAAGAAUACCUAUCUUCUUAGGUUCUCAAAAAGUGAUACAGUCAAGCUUUGCCCAAUAUUAUCAAGUUAUCUAAACGAAAUAAACCAGAUUUUUGCUGCUACCAAAAUACGGCAGGUUCUUCUACUCUUUCCCGUUGAUAUCGUGUGGAAGACAAGGCUGAGGCAAUUUUUUAAGCAAUUGAACAUCACUGAAUUGUUGUCAUUAAGGUGGAAGAGCUGUUAAGAGUUGUGUAUUCAAUUUCAUAAAAAAGUUUUCAAUCUUCAAAGUCAUUUACAAGAGCAAUCGUGUGCUCACCAGCUUCAGCCUGGACUGUUUGAGUUACUCAUGUUCAUCCCGGAUACCUUGAGGAGCUGCAUGGUGGAACCGGAUGUUUCAACUUAUCUACAGGCUCCUUCUGUAGGACAGGAUGAAUUCCAUCCGUUUAUUGAGGCCCUCUUACCAUUUGUGAAGUCUUUCUCCUACACGUGGUUCAACCUACAAGCGGCUAAGAGACGUUACUACAAGAAGCACGAAAAGCGGAUGAGCCUCGAAGAAGAGCGUCAGUGUAAAGAAGAACUCCAAAAUGAAAAAUUGGAGGUGAAACAGAAAUGGGCUUCAAGACUUUUGGGAAAACUGCGGAAAGAUAUUACACAAGAGUACAGGGAGGAUUUUGUUUUAAGUAUUACGGGGAAAAGGCCGGCCAUGUGUGUCCUAAGCAAUCCUGAUCAGAAGGGCAAAAUGCGGAGGAUUGACUGUCUUCGACAAGCUGACAAGGUUUGGCGAUUGGACCUGGUAAUGGUGAUUCUUUUCAAAGCAAUUCCGUUGGAAUCAACUGAUGGAGAACGACUUGAAAAAACAGCUGAAUGUGCCCAACCUGGUCUAUGUGUCAAUCCCUAUCACAUCAAUGUUUCCGUCCGGGAACUGGAUCUCUACCUCGCAAACUUUAUUACCAGUCACGAAGUUUUAAACGGGAUUUGUAAUGCGAGUAAAGAAGAGGAAAGGCGGCGAAAAGGUGGAGGUUACCAUGAACUCUAUAAUGGUGUCGUCUGCAAUGACACAAUCCUCGCGACCGGUGUCUUCAGCUCCAAAGAGCUAUGGAUGCUUUCAAAAGCAUCCAUACUGCAUGACCUCAGCGACAUGCAGCCUCAAAUAAACGCGAUCAAAAUAGAGCACCCGCCGUACUACUGCAGCAGCUAUACCCCUCCUUCCGCAGCAUCCGCCGCGGAUCACUCUCAACCUGCGGCUAGCUUCAGCCCACCGCCUGUACAUCAGCUUAUAAGGAACGACAAGACUGAAAAAGCACCUACAGUUUCGGCAUCAAGUGCCCCUAGUUUCUCUCCUGUACUUAGACCUGAAGAUAGCCACCGUGGUAUUGACUCUCCUCAUUCGCAAACAGGUCUACAUUCACCACAUGAAGGUUUAGCUGGUGGUUCAAGUCAAACCGGAAGUAUGUCCGGCCUUGCCUAUUACCAACCUGAACAUCCAGUCUCAAGCGGAGUUGUCAAGUACCCAGAGAACGGUCACGACACACUCUCGGAUUUUGUCACGUUUGUCUGUCAAGAGGCUGAAAACACUCAGCAAUUACCCCAGGCUCAAUUAACUGGUCAACGUGCGGGUGUACAAAAGUUCUCACAGUAUUAUCCGAGUUCAAUGCUACCCCCUCCACCACCAGCACCAAUGGCGAGGCCAGUGGCGAUAAUUCGUUCAACCGGCGAAUUAAGUGCUACGGGAUCAGGAUCACCACCGACGUCCUCAACGUCACCGACAGAUCCAACAGACCUCAAUGGUACAAACCAAGACCAACAAAUGCAGGUCGCUGCUGCAGCCGCUGCGGUUGUUGGUGUGACUGGUGCUAAUUGUCAAAAUACAAUUGAUGCUGGACGAAAAAGUCCUACGAGGAUUUUUGUCACGGCACCACAUAGCAGAGAGUAUACCUUCGCCCAUUUUCACUCACAGCCUGGACAGCAAAUAUUUACCUACCCCACCAUCAGUUCAAUGUCUGGAGUAAUUUCACCUACAAAUCUUUCACUAUUUUCAUCACCGGUCGCUGUUACAAGACCAGUUGCUACUCAAAGAUCAGUUGCUAAUGUUCCACCUCGCUGGAACACCGCAUCGUUUAUUAAUCUGGAGGAUGAUUACAAUAUGAUUGCUCCAAUUAUUUCUAGUACACCCGGAGAACCACCCUCUAGUAUAGACGAAGAACGAUACUUUCAAUCCGUGCACACGAGUAAUGUCGUGGACAAAAGCGGGUCCGGGAGUUUGAUGGGCAACGAACUUGGUGUUAAUCAAGAUCCAUCUGCACAUCAUCAACAGCAACAGCAGCAGCAACAACAACAGCAUCAACACCAACAACAACAGCAACAGCAACAGCAACAACACCAACAACAAUCACACUCACAACAAAAUCAACAUCAACAAAUACAGGAAAAAAAUGAAAGACCUAAAUCUCCUCCGUGACCUUUAGAAAAUCGUUGCGCACAUCACGAAGGACCUACCUCGCCAAUAGGGUCAUCACUCGUGGCUUUUUUUAUGCGAGUUUCGUAAUGCCAAUUGAAAUUUAAUCGCUGAUUUGUUUAAUCCAGCGAUUUGAUACUGAUAUCUGUAUGCUCAACUUUUUCCCUCUUCUUUUCUUCAUCUACUAUUGUUAUUAUUAUUAUCGUUAAAAAAUUGAAUAUUUUAUUGAAACAAUAUUCACAAACUGUUUCCCGUCAAAAGGUCUUAACCCUCUGCCACUAGUCGUAGGUCUUCCAAAAAUUGUCCGCGCCAUGUGCUUCCCGGGUGUGUUGAAGAAAGAAAUUCAAAUAUACACGAACUUAUAAAAAAAAAAUUAUAAUAGAUUAAUAAACAAAUAAACUAUUAAAGAAUAUAGUAGUAAUGAAAGAAUUAUGCCUUUCUGAUUAAAUAUUUGUUACUUAGAUGGCCUCAAAAGAAAACAAAGAUAAUAAAAUGGCUGAAUGCCUCGAGAUAGUUUGUAAUGCAAAUAAAUUAUGUACGUAGUUUGUAUAAUAACGAUAAAUCGAAGUAAUUGGUGUUUUUUUAUAAAAGAAUACCAAAAGAUAAACAUAAUUUUUCAAAACGUGAUGUAUUUUAGCGUUAAAAUGAUACGCAAAUUGUAAAUUAAGUAACUUUAGAGGAAUGUCCAAUACCUCAUUGAAGUUACAUUUUAUGAUUACUGAUAUUAUUAUUACCAUGAUUGUUAUUAUUUUUAUUUUUAUUAAUAUUAUCAUUUCUAUUGUCAUUGUUAUUAUUAUUAUUUCUUUAUUAUCUCUUUCUCUCUUUCUCUCUCGAUAUAAUCAUCAAUUGUUAUUAUAAUUAAUUUACGGCAGUUAAUUACGUCUUGCUCAGAAUAGUGCUUAUAACUAGCACUUGUGAAAACUAUAGUCCCGAAGCUAUUAGACUUUAAAACCAUUGAAAAAAAGAAAUACGUUAAGAUAAUGCGAAAAUAUAACUUUGUAGCUAUAAAAUAAAAAUAUGAAAAAAAGUAUGAGAGCAAAAUUGAGCAAUUAAGAGCGUUAGUAGAGUGAUAUUUGUAUAAAAGAUUCAACAAAAAAAAAUGUAACGAAUAAUUUGUCUACUCAUAUUAUAAGCAAUAACAAUUAUUAAAAUUAUAAAAUUGAUAGUGAGUAAGUAAUGAUUGCGAAUGAACAUUAUAUUCUGCUUAGAGUAAUUGAUUGAGAUAAUUAGUAAA